AUGCAUCCCUCCUCCAUGGUUGUGUGUGUGCACUCAUGUCAUGGUGCGGUGCAGAUAUUUGAGAUGACAGCGGGAGUGUUCAUGGUGGAAGCACGCAAGGCUGCUGGCGACACGCUCGAGUACCACAAGGUCAGCACAGCAGCCCACUGUCCCUUCUUUCCCUCCCCCCCUUCUCCCAAUCCUACUUUUUGCCCUCCCUCCCCCCUGGUUGCCUCCGUGCACCUUUCUUUUAUUUCUUUCCUUUUUUCCCCCCCCCGCGCUCCUCCCCACACUACGUGUCACUCGCCCUGUCCCUGCUGCCUCCCACCCCACCAGUUCUACCGUGCGCUGCUGGCACGGGUCUCAGACAUGGUGUGCCAUGACACCACAUACAUCGCCCCAUCCCUCGCUCCUGCUCCUCUCGCUCCUGCAACCCUCCCAACCUCGCCUCCCGACACUGCCACCUGCCCCUCUGCGCCAUCGCCUGGCAUAUCUGGCAAGCCAGGAGUGGUGCAGGAGGCAAAGCCCGGCGUCGCAAGGGACGAAGUAGAACAGCUGAUGGAGCCGCAGCAGGCUGAGUCACCCCAUAGGCGACCGUCUCUGGACGAGGGCCGGAUUGCUCCCAUGCAGGCGCAUGGCAGCGUUGAUGGUGAGAGAGGCAGGCGGAGAUCCAUGGAUGAGACCCGCCUGCCAGUUGCAGAUGUGGCAGCGGGAGAGGCAACAAGGAGAGAUGAGGCGUUGAGAUCUCCUGCCAAGGCCAGGUCAUUGGAUUUCUGGCCUGGAUCGCUGAUGUCAUCGGUGCUGCAGUCGCCCCUCUUCAAGGCCCGCUCUGCAUCUCCCUCCAGCCCCUCAUGCAACUCUCCGGGCAACGACCCUCCUGCCCUGAGCCUGGCACAGCUGCACAGCUUCUCCUGUUCCUGCUCUGGCCCCAUGUGCCACUGUCGGGCCGCAGUGAGCUGCAGUGCAGACAGGAGUGGAGGUGGUGAUGGCAGGGGUGAGGGGUGUGGUGAGACGGAGGCAGUGCACAUGCAGCAGGUGAUGUGA